AUGGCGGACAAGGAGAUCCCCCUCAUUCUUGGAAAUGACCUCUCAAUGCAUCUUGGCGACGUUGGCGAUGUCGGUGAUGUCGAUGACCUUUUCGGCGAUGCCUCAGCCUUACCGCUCCGGCCCACAGGCAUGCAGCUCGAACAACGGAUAGAUAGGCUGAGAAACCGCGGCUGCUACCAGACUGUUGCAUGGUCAAGGGUUGGGACCAUUGCCAGCAUCACUGCCGAUGGCCAAGAGCUGGAGCUUCGAUAUCUCCGAUGCAGGCCUGACAAUGGCGAGUGGGAGCUCACUGAGCCUACGACCUGUGCCCUCGUCAAAGGCACUCCGGAGAUCCCUCUGGUGCAUCUGGAGUGGGCAAUCACCAACAACCCGGAACUGGCCAUCUUCGAUGCCUCGGGACGUGUGGCCCUGCUCAUCUUCUCCACAACAAUCACACACCCCUUCCUGGUAAGGAAAUGGGAUACAGACAUCGUAGAUGAGAUGCAGUCGGUUGCCGGAGCUCAUUGGCUACCGGUGGCCCCAAAUACCCAGCCGGCAGCAGCUGCCAACUCGUCAAACGCCGGCAACCGCCAGAGCUUCAACGUCGUGUUCGGCCCCGCCGUCAAGAAUCCCCAAGGGAAUUAUCAAUACGAAUCCUCCUUCGUGCAUGCAGAGGGGCCUAAUCACCCCCUUCAAGCUAGGACCGCCUUACUCUGUGUUACCAUGGGAGGUAUUCUCAAGAUGUUUUGGAUGCAGCUGAAUAACAAGAUGGAGGAGACCACACUGGAACUGGAGAGCAUUCGCACUGCAGACGAGAUAGUGACGCAUGCCGCUUUUGCAUCUGAAAAAAAAUACCUGAUCCUCGCUCUGGUCACCGCAUCGAAGCAGCUCAAGUUCGUCAAGGUGGAAAUUCACUGGGGAAGCCAGCCCGGUAAGGCCGCAGGGCCCCAGAAUACGCGGUACAAUGCGACUCUUGUAGAGAAGCACUGUGCCACUGCCGGUUGGUCGUUGGAUUCCCUCGAGGAUGCAUCGAUGCCUGAGAUAUCUCACUUGCUUGCCCUGCCGUCGAUAUUGGACAAUUCCGGGAAGAACAUGGCGCCGCCCGUGAUCGUAUCUGUUCGAUCCCGGCCGCCCGGCGCCGGUCCAUUCGCGCCUGCUCAGUCCAUCAUCGAUCGCUGGGAGGCCGUUGAGCAGCGCCAUGGGCUGCAUCCGGCUAUCGAGCAACUCGGCAACAGAAGAAACAGUGUAUCCUCCGAGCCAUCAACGGGCACCUUUUUGCGCCCUCUGGAGCCAAUCGUUAUUCCCAAAUGUAUAAUCAACAUCCAAUCAGCACGAUAUGGAAAGAUCCUCAUCAUUACCUUUGCGGAUGGCUCGGUUGAGUACCGGGAUAGGUACACUUUCGAGGAGAUAUACACUACUCGCGAAACGGCCAAAGUAUCAAAUCUGCGCGAAGCAGGAUGGAAUUUCGCAGAGGAUAUGCCAUGCCAACAAACUGCUUUCUCCCCCACCUUCUGCUCCAUGGUCCUCAUGGGAGAGGAUGGCAAGCUCAAAUGGAGCAAGCUCAAAUACUCCGACGGUGACUUCGGGAACAGCAUGCAGGACGAGCAAUAUGCCGCCACUAUUGCCGGCCUAACAAUCACGGCAGCAACAUCCAUCAGAUCCCAAACCAAUUUUGACGACAUGCUAGCCGUGAUCAGACCCCAUGUCUCCAAGAAGAAGCUCAUGCAGGAUUGGGUGGGCGAACUUAUCCGAAUCCUUAAUAUACAGGUUGACUAUUCAGGGGAACACUCUCAUGAUGCUCUCCUCAAAAAUGAACAGAUGCGAUCAUGCCUGAGCAUUCUCAUCAAUCUCGGCUUCAAGGGGGACACCCAACCCAGGAGUUUCCAGAGUACACAUGCUCUCAUAGCGGCGACGGUGCGAAGCACUGCUUGGAAUAUCACUCUAGCCAGUAGCUCGCAUUUCCCAGUGACAGGAAAGAAGAGCCCACUUGACGAUCACGAGGUGGUGGAUGUGCUUGUCACAUCUGUCCGUUGGUCAUUGGAUCUGAUCGCCUGGCUCUCGGACUCUCUGUUCGAACUUAUGAAUGACGAUGAGUUCAUCGAGCUACUCACCCCUGCACGCACAAAUGAACUUGCCAUUUAUCUACAUACCAAAAAUGACGUCUCCCUGCAACUACUCCUGUGUUCGAGCAGCCGGAGCUUUUUGAUGGCACUGUGCCGUAGAAUUGGACACCUGGCAUUGCUUAGCAACAAGGCCAUGGAAUUUUAUCGCAAACAGUCGGCCGAGGCCAACGCAGCCAAGGCGCCGAAUCCCUACUUGAGACAGGCUUACCAGAGGCUCCAGCAGGCCACGAGCUCUGGAUUCGUGAGUGUAGGAGAAUUCGAGAAGCUGAUAACUUCCCUGAAGAUGGGCAUCAUGCACUCGUACGACAACGUCCUAACCGCCAUGGUUAAGCGCCAACCAAAUCCACCUCAGGGCAAACAAGAAGACGAGGCUGUCAAGGUGGCUCGCUCCCAGUGUGAGACUAGAAUGCUGUUGGCAGCGGCUCCUCACCCCAGCUUGAUACCCGUGCUGAAGAAAUUCUUCACUGAGGACGUUCCAGCGUUCCGCAAGACCACGGAUCCAGCCAAGCUCUUCUUUGAGAACUUUGAUGUCCUUGAUGUGUCUGACGACAAGGGCGACGUGGAUGGCGUGAAGUGGGCACACAUCGACGUCCUGUCCAAAACAAAACUUCACAUGAGCCCAACCCAGCAGUGGAGGAGAUGCACACGUUGCACGGCGGUCAUGGAGGAGCUCCCCGGUAGAGGACCAGGUUUUACUUUCUUAUUCAGUCAACAGCGGCGGUGCUUGUGCAGUGGGACCUGGGCAGUAUUGCCGCAUGGCAGACUUAUUUAA